AUGGAACGCAAAGGAGCCCGCGGUGUACCCGCGGACAUGGUCCACCGCUGGUCCAAAGCACCACUAUCCUGCCGCCUCUGUCGUGCCAAGAAGCUCCGCUGCGACCGUGCCCAGCCUUGCUCCAACUGCGCGCAGCGGAACGCCGACUGCGAAUACACCGAGUCGUUACCCAGCACCGCCACCCGCUCCGAUGCUGCACGCACGAAGACGACCAGCAAACGGGAGCAGCCUUUGCCGCCGAAAGAGCCCUUUCAUCCUUCAUUGCAGCGUCUCGAGCAGAUCGUCCUGCAACAGUCCAAGCAGGGACCGCAAUCGUCCGCACAGCCAAGCGGGUCCCCCUCCGGCAAUCACGUUACAGCUCCUGUGGCAGGCUCUGCAGACGGUCAGGAGCCGGCUUGGGUUUCAGUCGGGGGCAGUGACGCAUCAAGUCCGAUGAACAGAGUCUCCAAGGCGACUAGCCUGGUCGACGAGAUGUCCUCAGGGCAGCUACAGCAAAGUGUGGUCGCAUUUGGUUCUGGAAUCCCGAGCGAUGUUGAGCAGCUCAUCAGUCCGGACCCCACAACCCCAGAUGCUAUUUUGCUCGCAAGAUGUCUUCCUCCCCUCUCGCAGGCGAUGGAGUUGUUCAAUCACUUUAUGCACGCGAUCCACCCUACCUUUGGAGUUCUGCAUGUUCCAUCGACUCGGGCGCUUUUGCAGCAGAUCUACCAGAACCUACUCGAUGGAGAUGAGCCAAAUAUGGCUGGUCUGGCCCUUAUCUACUCCGUCUUUGCCGGUGCCGCUCUCGCUUGGUCGACUGAACUCCUCGGUGCUCUUCAAGCAACCCAGGAGAACGCCGAAAUGUCAUUUACGACUUACAGUCAAUUGGCAGUCGCUAUUCUUGACAAUCGCCAGCACCCAGUGCCGAAUUCCACAGUCGCAUUGCAAGCGUUCAGUACGCUAGGGUACGUGCUGGCACAUAGCGAUGGCUUCUCACAGACUGUGCACCUGCUCAGGAGCAGAGAGAUGCAUAUGUCACGAAGUCUCCAGAUUCAUCGAUUGGACACUGCAAAGCGGCGAGAAGAACGACGUCUCAAAGGAUUCAAUAUCAUCGAGACGGAAGCCCAGCGUAGACUAUGGUGGCACAUGGUCUCCUCUGACUGGCUUCUUGCGCUAUCUAGCGGCGCGAAUGAAGGUGUCUAUCUUCAUCAACCACGGCAUAUGAACGUCAAUUACCCGAGCAAUAUUGAUGACGAGACCAUUCCGGCCUCAGGUACGGACUUUGGUCUUCCCAUAUCCGUUCCCACCUCAACGUCCGCCUUCCUAUGCCGGAUUCGCCUUUCCGAAUUUUGUCGCGAAGUUGUCGAUACCCUGCCGCCUUUCGCUUUCCACGAGACGGACAGCAGCUCAUCCCAUGAUUCAGAGAUCGACUAUGACCUGAUCCUCGACCUGGACACUCGGUUGCAAUAUUACAUCGAUGCGCUACCCUUCUUUCUUAAGAAUGACCAAGAAAGCCUACAACAGAGCGUCUUUGUCUGCCACGAACGGCCGUAUAUCGCUUGGCAACGAACGUUCCUGCACUUUGCAAUCAACAUGCGUAUUUGCCGCCUCCACCGACCGUUCCAUUUGGCCGGUUUCACGGACCCAAAAUACGCAUAUUCGCGAGCGCGGUGUAUUCGUGCGGCCGAGAACGUAUUGGAACUGCGGCGUUCAAUGGAGGACGUUGCGGCACUGAUCAACCUCAACCCAUCACGUUUUUGGCUCAUCGUGCAGCAUGUGUUCCAAGCCGCCAUCAUUCUUGCGAUCGAUGUGUCGUUGAAGCCCGACUCUCCAGAAGCCAUACCGCGACGAACUGAGGUUCUCGCUGCAUGCGAAAUGCUUCAGCGGUCACAGCAUGAAUCCGCUACUUUGAAAAAGGCAAUACAGAAGAACACACGAACUCUUUACAGGGUUCUCCAGAAUCAGACUUCGCUGCCCAAAAGUCACCCGGCUUUGGGGAGUGGCAUAGCGGCAAGCACAUCUGGGUUCGAGUACAAAGACAACUUGAUGAAUGCAGAUACGUUUUCAAAUGGAGCGUCCCUUCAACACUUGGGAAAUGGAGCCGAUGCACUGCUUUACUCAGCACCUACCAUGAUGCCGGAUCUGACGAUGCCGCUUGUGCAGGAUACAGCUACGUCCAUGAAUGGAGGAAACUGGCCUGACGCAACGCAGACUCAGCAGUUCGACGAUGAAAGCUGGGGCAAGCUGUGGUCCGACGUUUUCAACAAAGGUCUGGAUCUUGACCCCAUGCAGUGGAGUUCUCUCAUGGAUGGCAUGGGUUUCUCAGAUAUUAGCGGCGAGGAGCGAUAG